GUCAGAAAUUGUGGUGCAGUGCUUCAUCCAUUCCAAAACAGUAUUUCAUCGACUGAUUGCGCUAAAAAUCAUUUAUUUCCCGUGACCAUUGGUUUCUGCAAUUCCCGGAGAAUUCUGUUCCAUUUGUUUUUUAUCUUUACUCGAGUUUUUUUCGUAUUCUCGAAUGAAAAUUAAUUGAGAGUUGAGAGUGAUGGAGUACUCGAGUUGUCGAAUAUUCAUGGAAGCAAUGGUAUUUUGUAUGUAAAUGGAAAAUAAUCAGCUGUCACUGGGAAGAAUUAGGAAUUCCUGGGGGAUGGGAAUGUAGAUAUUUGUAAGCAUUCGUGAGCCUGGAGGUUGGCAAGAAUAUUUUUUACUGUUGAGUUGUGGGAUUCACUGUCGUAAUGAACAUCGUGAAGAUUAAUGUGAAGAAUGUGAUCUUUAUUAUCCUGUCACUCAUAUCAAGUGCUGUCAAUGAUGCUCACAUCGGUUAUGACGAAUUGAUGAAUUAUGCCCAUAAUAAUUUCACCUACAAUAACAGUAACAGAAAGGACGAAUUGUAUGGAAUGUGCCCUGUUGGAGAAAUGUGCACAGACUUGAGUGGUGACUGCUUAAAAUGCGAUAUGACGACAAAUUGCGUUUAUGGAACGACUUAUACUGCCAAUUGCACUGCUCCAGAGCCUAUCGACUGUGUGGGAGAGAGAACAUUUUCGAAACAGUAUAUCUGCCGAUACUGUUAUCAGACUGGCCACUGGGAACAUCACUGUCAACAGAAGAGUAGUUGUAGCUCUGUGGCAUCACCUCCACAAUAUUAUAAGACAAACUGUACAGUUAAUAGCGAUAUAAUAUGUCUGGGAAAGAGAAAAUUCAUGAAGAAUUUAAAGUGCAAUUGGACGGGGGGGUAUCGAUGGUCCACCGCUCUCAUUUUGAGUAUUACACUUGGGGGCUUUGGAGCUGAUAGAUUUUAUUUGGGUCACUGGCAAGAGGGGAUUGGAAAACUCUUCAGCUUCGGUGGCCUAGGGGUGUGGACAUUAAUCGACGUAAUGCUGAUCUCCAUGCGAUAUUUAGGACCUGCAGAUGGGUCCCUCUACAUUUAACGUGCAUUUUACCAUCAAUCAUAUUACUCACCAUUUUAAUAUUUAUUAUUUUUCUCGAGUUUACCUGAGACGUGAAUUUACUCAUUUGCUCUUUUUACGCAGACGAUUUAGUGUUCUCAUUUUUCGUGUAUCAAAAUUUAUGACGAGUUUCAGAUUCUUUACUUUAUUGAUUAAAAAGCAAAUUAUCUAUUUUUUAUUCUCAAACUUCGUUUGGGUGGUGAUUAAUGAUAUACAAUAUUACAAAUUCAAAAAAGGCCAAAGUAAACGUGCGACCUAUAGUUUCUUUUAAACUAUGUAAUGUUUUUUAAAUUAUAUAAUAUCGAUAAUUCGUCUCUUAUCACCAAAUUUAUGAAUAAUGAGUGAAGAACGGGAGAUACAUGCAAAAACAGUGAUCUUUAUUAAUUGCUGUACAAUAACGAUUAUUCGCAGUACACGCAGCAUUCAAACUCAACUCCAAACAUAAAGAAAAAGUAAGAAAAUGUAAUAAAAUAAAAAAAAGGAAUACCGCUCGUUACAAUUUUUCCAGAAAAUCGUAACGAGCAUGAAGAAAAAAUAUCGAUCUUAAAUGAUCCACCAAAAGAGUUGUCAAACGUAAUAAUGAAUCCCUAACAUCUCUCAAUCAUAUCCAAUUUCCUCAAUCAAGAGUAAUUUAUCUCUAGAAUCUUCGAUUAAAAAGAUAAA